AUGUUGCGGGUUGCUCGAUGCUACUCCUUGGCCAGAACCAAAGUUGCGCAUAACUACAGCACGAUCUUCAGGCCGGAAUAUGCAUUGAAGUGCGGGUUGGAAAUUCAUACGCAAUUGAGCACCAGAAAUAAGCUUUUUUCACAGUCUACGAAUAGUUCCACACCUUUAGUGGAUGUGCCAAACCGUCACACUAGCUUUUAUGAUAUAGCUCUGCCUGGCACGCAGCCGGUUUUGAAUCUAGAGGCAAUUUUGUUUGCCAUGAAGCUUUCUCUGGCAUUGAAUUCCCAGGUGAACAGCGUGUCGCAGUUUGAUAGAAAGCAUUACUUUUACGGGGACCAACCUCAAGGCUAUCAGGUGACGCAGCAUUACAGGCCGUUUGCCCGGGGCGGGAAGAUCAAUCUCUCCAAGGAACUGGAUGGCAUCGACGAGUCAUCCAAGGACAUUAGCAUUGUACAAUUGCAGAUAGAGCAGGACACGGGCAAGUCACAUUACACAGAUGCAGACAAAGAUGUUAUCACCUUGGUCGAUUUAAACAGAUCGAAUGUUCCACUUAUCGAGUUGGUGACCAACCCAGAUUUUAAUGAUAUCAAACAGGUACGGGCGUUCAUUAAAAAAUACCAGAAUCUGGUUCGUCAUUUGCACAUUUCUUCUGGGGACUUGGAAACAGGGGCCAUGCGGGUGGAUGUAAAUCUGUCCAUAAACGGCUUUGCUCGAGUGGAAUUGAAAAAUUUGCCCAAUACCAGUUCCAUCAUCAACGCCAUUAAGUAUGAGUACCAACGACAAGUGGAGUUGAUUUCCAGGGGUGAAACUAGUUCGCUGAUGGAGCCUGAAACAAGGGGAUGGACGGGCUCAUCUACGGUAAAGUUGAGGAGCAAAGAAACUACCAUCGAUUAUAGAUACAUGCCCGAUCCGGAGUUGCCGUAUAUCAAUCUUGCACCAGAUGUUAUGAGCAGGGUGAAGGAAUCGAUGCCCCAAUUGCCCGACGACAUGAUGAGGAUGCUGAUGAAGAAACCGUAUCAACUUUCUUUGAAGGAUGCCAAGAUUCUAACGUAUAAUAGUAAUCAAAAUGACAUGUACAAUCAUAAAGUGUUGAGAUCAUAUUACUUGGAAACCUUCCAAGAGUUUUUCAAACUCGUUGGCGAACAAGGUAGCGCGAAAUUGCCCACAAAUUGGAUAAUCCACGAGUUCUUGGGUGAUUUAAAUAAACUACAUGUCCCGCUGAUCAAAGCACAAGAAAUUUUGCCUCCUAUAGUUUUCGCCGAGUUUUUAAAACUAUUGCAUGCGGAGACAAUAUCCCCCACUAGUGGCAAGUUGUUGCUGUUUCAUAUUUUGGAAACCUUUCAGCGGAGCAACUGCCGAGAUCGGUCGAUACCAGAUUUCCCAAAAUUGAUCCGGGAAUUCGAACUGCAUGCCAUUGAUCAAGUGGACUCGCAAGAAUUGGUGAGUCUCUGCAGCGAUAUAAUUGCACAGCAUACGGAUGACACUUUUAUACGGAACCUUACAUCCGGUAAGAAGAGAACUUCUCUGAAGUUUUUAAUCGGACAAGGUAUGAGACGAAGCCAAGGCCGUAUAAAGGCAAGUGAAUUCGAGAAAAAGUUCAAAGAGAUCUUAGAUAUUCAAUGGUAA